GCAGCAGGAAAUUGAAACCGCAAAAAAUAAAAUAAAAAAAACGAAGAAGAAGCAAAAGUUGCAUCUUUGGAAAGCUAAAAAAAAUUAUAACAAAAAUAAUGGCCAGCAGCGCUACAAACGCUGACGGCGGCAGCACAACGUCGGCAGCGCUGCCAUCGCUCUUCCCCAGCGUCACUGGCGCCGGCAGCGUCAGGGAUAUGGACGGACUGAUUGCCAUCAAUGAUAGCGCCCUAUCGCAACAGAUCGAAUUUAUACUACAAGAUGCUCCCAUGGAGCAGGACGAGGAUCCUCACCAGCAUUCGCAUUCGCAUUCGCAGCACUCGCACUCCCACUCGCAUCACCACUCGCAUCAUUCACAAACGCAGCCGCCACAGACGCAACAGACGACGCUGCAUCAUCAUCAACCUCAUGGUCAUCAUCAGCAUCAUCAUCAUCUGAAGCUGGAGAGUAGCGGCAGCGGUAGCAGCAAUAGUAGCAACAGCAGCAGCAACCACCCACCGACAGCGGCAGCAGCAAGUGCCGUCGCUGCAGCAGCAGCAGCAGCCGCAACAGCAACAAAUAAUAGCGCUUCCUUUACCAGCUGCAACAACAACAACAAUCAUCUGGAUAACCACCUGGAUAGUCAUCAUCAGCAGCAACAGUUGCUCCUCCAACAGCAGCAGCAGCAUCAUCACCACCAGCAACAGCAGCAGCCCCAACAGCAUCAUCUGCUGAAUGGCCGGCGAAUCAUCAUCCAGGCGACCAGCAACAGUUCCAUUUUGGCUGCCAGCGACAUCAAGGAGGAGGAAGAGGAGGAGGAGGAUCCGGAGCUGAAUGAUGAGAAUCUGCAGGAUAUCGAGGAGGAGGCCCAGGCGGCGGAGGCGGACGAAGAGCCGGAAACUACGGUCGGCCGAUCGGCGCAGGUGAAGCUGGAACUGGAGGAGGACGAGGAGAUGCCCGACGAGGAGGAGGAGGACGACGAAGACGAGGAUGGUGGCCAACAGCAGCAGCAGCAGCAGCAGCUGGAGUAUCAGAUCAGUACGGCCACCCAAACGGGUAGCAGUAGUGCCGGUGGCGGUACGACGACCCAGCAGCUGGUGCAACUGCCGGCGGGCAGUAUUGUUAGCACCACCACUCACCGACUGGCUGUGCCCGUGACCGAGGCGGCGCUCGUUCAGCUUCAGCGCCGGCCGGUCUAUAUCAGUAAUGCUGUGGGCGGUCUAACGGCCGGAACAACGUACGUUCGUAUGCCGGCGGUGAUAAGCCGGAGUCCGAUGACGGUACUGAAUGUUGUCCAGCAGGCGUUGCCGGCCACACAGCUGAUACUUCAGACCCAGGCGGCGCCAGUACAGCAACAACAGCAACAACAAGCUCAGCAGCAGCAGCAGGUGCAACAACAACAACAACCAGCUGAGCAACAACAACAGCAAAUAGCUUUAGCUUUAGCCCAACAACAACAACAACAGCAGCAGCAGCAACAACAACAACAACACACCCAACCAGUGAAAUCUUCAUCAUCCAGCUCUUCCUCAGGCAACAACAACAAUCCUAGUACCAACACCACCGCAACAACAACAACUACACCAACAACACCAACACCAACACCAACAGCAGCAGCAACAACAACAACCACUACCAGCUACCAAUGCGUGGAAUGUGUUGAAAAGUUCGAUUCCAAGGAACUCUUCGAUAUCCAUCGCAGUGGUCAUGCCAACAACAUGAAGUGCGCCAUCUGUAACAUGGUGCUGAAGUCAUUGAAGAACUAUGAGAAACACUGCCUGCGCUGCAAGCCGUACGAGUGCCAGAUAUGUGGUCGGGUGGUCCGGUUCCGGCCCAACUUCAUCAAGCAUAUGCGCGUCCAUACCGGGCAGCAGUCGGAGCGGCACAAGUACAAGUGCGAGGUGUGCCACAAGGAGUUCAUGAGCUUCGAGUACUUCAAGGUGCACAAGAAGAUCCACAACGAGAACGUUAAUCUGACGUGUGAGAUCUGUGGCAAGGUGUUCAGCGCCCUGGCCUCCCUACGAGGACACUCCAAGCUCCAUUCGGGGGUCAAGCUGCACAAGUGCGAUGUGUGUGGCAAGGGCUUUGGGCAGCGCUAUAACCUGAAGAUUCAUGCCAGGACGCACACGGGCGACUUUCCCUUUGAGUGCAAGAUCUGCAAGAAGAAGCUGCACACCCAGUCGUCGCUGCAGACGCACAUGCAGGUCCAUUUGCGGGAUCAGCCGGGCGGUGCGACAACGGGAGCGGCCAACUCCAAGGGUCAUAGUAACUCCAGCAAUGGCAACAAUAGCAACUCGAGCAGCAAUUCGGGGAAUAGCAGUGGCAGUGCGACGAAAAUUGUAAAGCUCGAGCCACCCCAGGAGCUGGAACGGCCCGGAACCAGCUCCCAGCAGCAGCAGCACCACCACCAACAGCAGAUGGAUAUGGACGAUCAGUCGGGUGUGAGUGGGGAUGAGGAUGAUAUGGUGAACCACUCUUCGUCCUCCUCGCACAUCGUGAACGCAACCACCAAUCGCUUGACCACCGGCGAGGACUCAUCCAAUGAGUCUUCGAAUGCCUCGCUCCACCAGCAGCAUCACUCCUCGUCCUCGUCCUCGCCAGCCACGCAUCUCAACUCGCAGCAGCAACUCCCGCCGCAACAACAACAGCAGCAGCAGCACCAACAACAACAGGUGCAACAACAGACCCAACAACAAUAUCUCGUCUCGGCACCCACACGAACCAUUGUCAUUAAGAACUAUAUGCAACAGGGUGGUGGCCAGCAACAGGCGCAGGCCCACCAACAACAGCAGCAGCAGCAACAGACCUCCGAUCCAACGCCCGUGCUGCAUGCCCAGGUCAUCCAGAGCGGUGCAGGCACCAGCAACGGCAGCGGGAACCACCACUUAACCACCGGCAAUAGCAACACGAACAGCAGCAGCAGUAACACCACCAGUGUGCUGAGCAAUGGCUCCCAACUGAUACGGAAGACACCGAUCAUUCAUCAUUCGACCGGCAGCAGCAGCAGUGGUCCGGCGCUGACCAGUGUCGUCCAGCAGACAGGUGUCAUCUCGCCCGCACAAUCGCCAUCAUCGUCCUCCUCGUCGUCCACGGUGCUGGUGUCCAAGGCCACUGGUGUGCCACUAUCGAUUGCCUCCUCGGCGGCGGUGGCUCUUGGUGGCUCCACCAUUAUACGCAGUACAAGGAAUCAUCACCAGCAACAACAACAGCAGCAGCAGCGAGCGACGCAACAGCGUAAUAACCACCGAAACCACCACCGACGCCGCCAUCUUGCCGAUAUGGAUGACGACGAAGAUGAGGACGAGGAUCAUCAGCAUCAAACGCACCAGCCAUUGAAUCAUCAUCAUCACAGCCAUAAUCACCAUCACCAUCACCACAACCAUCAUAACCAUCACUUCGAUGACGAUGAUGAUGAUGAGAAAUCUUCACCGUCCCUGGCCACAGCGGCCAUCAUUAAGGUGGAACCGAAUCUGUAUAGUUCCGGCUCCGGCGACAACUCCAACGACAUGUUCAUCAAGGAGGAGGUGAUGUUCGAAGAUUCCGCUGCACCGCACUCGCCUCAGUCGCCGCCCAGCUCCAAGUUUCGCAUAUCGAACUUUGACAGCGAUCUGGUGGACCAUCAUGUGGACUUGAAUCAUUCGCUGCCGCCGUAUGGGAAUCUAUUCGAGCCGCACUCGAUACCCGACAGCAUACCGGUGCAAUUGUAUCCGGACGAUGAUGACGACUUCCGGCUGGACCAUAGCUCGUUGGGGGGACUGCAUAAUACGACAUCGUCGUCGACCACCGACGGGGAUUUCAUCAAGAAGGAAUGGGUCUACGGCACCGGCACCAGUUCCUAUGCCAUGAACGGCAAAUUCGAUGACGACAGCGAUGCGUUGUGCGAUGCUGCCAACUUUAUAUACAAUUGAGUGACGGCAGCAGCCGCUGUUCUAAUGCAGACGAAGGGAUAUGAGGAGCAGAAGGAGGAGGAUAUGGAUAAGGAGAAACCAGAGCCGGAGCGGAGCAUCCUGCGGCGUGUUCAUGAUGCGGCCAUGUGGAGCUGAGCUCGAGUUUUUGAAAGUUGAAUGGUUUUUUAGUCCAGAAUCAUAGCUAUACCUUACUAUAUACAUAUAUAUAUAUAUAUUAUUUAAUCUAUGUAUAUAUCUAUAUGUAUAUAAUCUUGUACCCCCCCCCCUCUACACACACACACACUUGCAUAAAAAACAACCCAAGGAUGGAGCGAUUUGUUGGAAGAUAAAAAAAAAAAACAACUAAAGAACUAAACUAUUCCACUAUUAAAUCAAAGUCACAGAGAUCCUUAGAAUUGUAGAAGAAAGGGCGAGAUUUUUAAAGUAAACUUUAGAGAUGGAGAAUAUCUUUCAAUAGAGAUUUCUGUGAUAUAAUUAGUAUAAACCCCUAUAUAUAUUCUAACUAUAUAUCUUUUUUUUGAGUGCAAUUUUUUUUGGGAAUAAUCCAGUAAUUUUUAAAAAUAUUUUAAUUGAAUUUAUUCUUGCAAUCUAACAAGUCGCACCAUCCCGUCCCCUAUAUUUAUAUGGAUAUAUCUUCGAUAUAUACACUGUACGUAUUUAUACUAUAUGUCCACAUAUAGAUGAUUUGCUAUCUCUGUUGCGCUCGUGAUGAUCUUAUAACGUGAUCUUAAGUCUAAAAAUGUGUAAAAUUUAAAAUUUUCGUUUUCUGUGUUUCUCUAAUUUUUUUAUUUAAUUUUAAUUUUAAUUUUUAAUUUUUUUUUAACUGUUGUAGUUGUGUUUAUUGCUCUCGCUCGCUCACUCUGAAUGUCUCCGUCUUUGUUGCUCUCGUGAGAUGUUUUUCCUGACCUGUCUCUGUCUCUCUCUCUUUCUCUCUCUGUCUAUCUCGCUCUGAUCUAUAUAUAUAAAAAAAAAAACCCCCCACCACCCCACCUUUUCUACAAGAAUUGUGUAGCCGCCCCUCUCGUUAUAAAAACUUACAAAAAAAAAGGAAAAUCUCUUAUGAACAAAAAAAAAAAAUUGAACUUGAAACCUUAUGUGAAACACGAAUUGUUUAUAUUAAGCUUAUACAUAUAUGAUUAUUUUUUAUUUUUAUUUUUUACACAAAUAUCACAUAUCAUUUAUAUCCGUCUUUCUGUAUGGUCCAGCACAUUGUGUGAAUUAUUAAUUUUAGUUCUUGAUCUCUCGGCUUAGUUUUUUGCAUCCAAAACGAAAGAAAUUUAGUUCCUGAUAUAUAACUCUCGAGAAAUUGUAUUAUAAUAGAUUUGUAGAUUAUAUAUAUAUUAUAACACACAUUACACAUAUACAAUAUAUAUAUAUUAUAUAUUUAAAUAUUUAAAUAUUUGUGAGUGGAUUGUACUUGGUAAUCAAUGUGCUGUCUCAAUAUGGAAAGAUCGUCCUUAAAAUAUAUAUAUAUAUAUAGAUAUAUAUAUCUUUCAGUAUUGGCGCCGUAACAGAAUCCAAAAUCAAAGUAAAAACUAUUAUUAUGUUUUCCCAAACAAUUUUGAUUUCAUUUUAUUUUUCUCUCCACUUACCUAAAGCACAGUAUUUUUUUUUAUUAUUUUUUAAUUUUGCAAAUGAUGUACCACUUAGAUUUAAAUUGUAAUUUAGUGUUUAUUUUUUUUAACUGAAUUUUUUUUUAUACAAUUUUAAGUGACUCGAAAGCUCGUUCUAAUGUGCAAUCUCUCCCAACUACUCAACCUUACUUCUCUUCAUUGUCUUCGAACCUCGAACCCCCAUGGACAUGAACAUUUUGUGGUUUCCUUAAUUAGUUGCUAAGUUAUCCUUGCUAUCAGAUACAAAACAUAAACACAAACACACACACGAUAUGAUUUUUAUUGCAUUAUAUAUACAAACAUAUAUACCUUAAAUAGAUAAUCAUUAGCUAAGUAUAAGUCUAAUUUUUGUGUAGUCUCUAAGCUGGAAGAGCAUGCUUUAGCUUUAGCUUUACGAACCCUAACUCUGCUUAAUCAUACGAAUAUAUAACCCGAAAUGCCCACACCCACACGAACCAUAUAUAUAUAUGAUAUAUGAUUAUAUAUAUAUAUAUAGAUAGCAGCUGUACACAUACAUGAUCUUAGCGUUAAAAACUCUAUAAUUUGCAUUUAAAUCCUAUUUUGUAAUCAUAUUUUUUUGAUUUCGCUUUCAUUUGCCAACAAAAACGCAAACUGAGACGAUACGAUGAUUAAAAAUUAUUCUAAAAAAAAAA